AUGCUUGAUGGGUCAAGCCCCCAGGCUGGCAAAAUCUGGAAGAAGGCAUUCCUGACCUUCUCCCUUGAUGGCAAGAAAAUGACCAAGACCUUCCUUGUAUGUAACACAGGGUCUCACGCCGCCAUCUUGGGAUUGAAAUGGUUGGGUGCACACAACCCGGAAAUUGAUUGGAAUAUGCGCACUCUCACCUUCCCUCAUGCACCUCCCAACAAUGUGGCCAUUGCCAAAGAGGAAGAAGCAGAUAAGGACCCCCUUGAAGGAGUACCCUCCAAGUACCAUCAAUAUGCUAAGGUAUUUGGAGAAGAAGAAUUCAACAAACUUCCUCCCCACAGGCACUACAACAUUGGCAUAGAACUUACAGAAGAAGGACCCUUGAACUUGCCCUUAUACAGCAUGACCAAUGCUGAAUCUACCACACUCAAGGACUGGCUCAGGGACAAGCUCAAGGCUGGAAAGAUUUGUCCCAGCAAAUUGUCUAUCAGCUCCCCUGUCAUGUUUGUGCCCAAAAAAGAUGGAUCCCGCUGUCUUGUAGUAGAUUACCGUUGCCUAAACAACCAGACCAAGAAAAAUGUGUACCCGUUACCCCGUCCAGACAACCUCAUGGCCCAACUCCAAGGUGCCAAGGUCUUCACCAAGUUAGACCUAAGAUGGGGCUACAACAACAUCCGCGUUAAGGAGGGUGACAAAUGGAAAACUGCGUUCUGCACUAAGUAUGCCCUGUACAAAUCCCUUGUCAUGACCUUUUGUUAUGGAUAUGACGUUUCUUCUUUAAUCUGUACUUAUUUUAUUAAUUACACUAGUAACCUCACAGUAAACAAAUGA